AUGAUAAGAAGACAAGCCCGCCAGCGUCGCGACUACCUCUACCGUCGCGCUCUCACCCUCCGCGAUGCUGAGAUUGCCGAGAAACGAGCCAAGCUCAAGACAUCCCUUGCGACAGGAAAGCCGUUGGACCCAAGUAUCGCCAACGACAAGCAAUCACGACAAGACUAUAAAUACGACGAGACACGUGCAGACCGCAGUACACAAGAAGAACUCGACCUCGAUGACGAAUACUCCUACCUCUCCGGCGUCGUCGACCCACGAGUGCUAGUAACCACCAGUCGCGACCCCAGCACCCGUCUCGGCAGCUUCGCAAAAGAGAUUCGCCUCCUCCUACCCACAGCGAUACGACUAAACAGAGGCAACUUGAUCCUCCCGAACCUCGUCGGCAGUGCUAAAUCCAGCGGCCUAAGCGAUGUCAUCCUCCUACACGAACACCGUGGUACACCCACCGCAAUGACCAUCUCCCACUUACCUCACGGCCCCACCGCCUCCUUCUCCCUCCAUAACGUCGUCCUCCGCCACGAUAUCCCGAACUCCACCCGCGGGACCGUAAGCGAAAGCUACCCGCACCUCAUCUUCGAAGGCUUCACCACCCCACUCGGAAAGCGCGUGGUGAAAAUUCUGCAACACCUCUUCCCUCCCCGCGAGUCCGCAGGUUCUACUAAGCUUGGGAGCAGGAUCGUAUCGUUCAAGAAUAUUCAGGAUUCGGUGGAGGUGCGACAUCAUGUUUUUGUCAAGACGGGGUAUCAGAGUGUGGAGCUGGCGGAGGUCGGACCGAGGAUGACGAUGAGGUUGUUUGAGAUCCGGCAGGGGACGGCGGAGAAUAAGGAGGGGGAUGUGGAGUGGAGGUUGACGCAGUAUACGCGGACGAGUAAGAAGAAGGAUUAUUUGUGA